AUGUUUUUUAACUCAUAUUCACUGGACAUACCCCACACUUUUUGUAAUGAACUGAUGCGUUUCUGGGCAUACGCCUACAAAACUGGCGGAUUUGUUGCUUGUACAAUAGAUCCAGCAAGUACAGAGCACUCUGAUAGGGAAGCGCAUGCGAUCAAAGUUAUGUACAGGAUGAAAUCUCGAUUUUACAAAAUAUAUGGUUCGUGCCAGCUGGAGAAGGAAAUUGACUCAAUAUCACUCGGUGGACAUCUAUCGUUAUACCGUUUGAAGGCCAAGUCAAUGUAUUACGAAAUCGAUGAACCGCAUUACUUAUAUCAGCUGAACCGCUUAAUUAAUGGGUUAAAUUGGAUGAGUUCUGGCUGUUUAUACAACGGAUACAUCGAAUGGGAACCGGGUAGGUAA